AUGAAAACCAACUCCAAAAAGUACAAGGAAGAUGCGUCCUCCUCCUUGUGGAAGUGGAAUAACAAUAAGAAUAGUAAGGAAGAUCCACUAUUACCGAUCUCCGAAUUUCUCAACCGCACAAAGCGUAAGGCCGAUGAAACUCUUGCGGGUCCCGGUGGCGGAGCUGGUAUUGGGUGCGGCGCCGGACUCGGGUUCGGUUUGGUCGGCGGACUCGGCUUCGGCGGCUGGCCCUGGAACCACUUGAAGCUUGUCUUCGGCGUCGGAGUCGGCUGUGGUGUUGGAAUUGGAUUCGGGUACGGUCAAGGAAUCGGAGGAAGUGAGUGGGAGAUGCGGUUGAGAGGAGCAGAAGGAGUUUCGGGGUUGGGGUUUCGGCUGAGAGGAGCAGAAGGGGUUUCGAGGUCGCCGUGGACAUCUCUGACUGUUAUGAGGCGGUCGGCAGCGGUGUACCUGGUUUGGAGAGGAGCAGAAGGGGUUUUGGGGUUGGGGUCCGAAUUGCGAGCUUAUGAACGAAACUUGAUUGCAAUGCCACCCCCCGGAGUCGCAGACUUGUGUAAGAGGAAAAGAAUUAAGGAUGAAGCUUCUAACAAUGCUGCUUCUUCAAGUACAAUUGAUGUGGAAGAUGCACCGCCGAAGUUGGAUGAAGGCGCAGGCGCUCUGCAGAGUUUCGAAGUGGCGUUGACGAGUUCGUUGCGCGGGAUCCAACCUUCGUACAACCCCUGGUAUUUCCACGGGGAGACUUUCUCUCAGCCCGCAGUUGAACUUCCUGAAAAUGACGAAGAGGAAAUGGCAGAUGUGUUGGCGGACAUGUUAAGAGGGGACCCUGGGUUUGACGAAUCUGCUAACACUACUGAUUCUUUCAAUGAACACCCUAUCAACGACAACAACAAGUUCGAUGACUUGUUUAAGGAGAUGGAGGCUGAAUUAUAUCCAGGUUGCAAAAAAUCAGCCCUUAAUGCCUUUGGUAAAGCUUAUGCACUGCAAGGUUUUGAAUAG